AUGAGUAGGGAGGACUUUAAACAGAUAUAUGAAGAGUUGACUGAUAAAGAUGUAAUACCAUUCUUGGUAGCACGUUAUCUAAAGUAUCCUUACUCUACAUUCAUCAGUAUCUAUUCACAAAAGAAGAUGAAGGAUCAUAUGAAGUGGUGCAAGGUUAACAUACCAAACAUUGGCGCUCAUUAUCAAAGUUACAAGAAUGGUAGAUCAUUGGUUGAGAUAUCAGCUUCGAUUGAUAGGUCACCAUCUAUAUUGGCGAAUCAAGUUAUUGUAUAUCUAUUGGAUAAUGAUUUGAAGACAUUAUGUGGAGUGGAUACAGUGAUCAACAACAACACUGACAUUGGUAAACUAAUGGCAGAGGUCAAGGAUAAGAGGACCAUCGCAAAGAAGAUAUAUAAGCAUCCAGAUAUGAUACAGAAUGAAAGGCUGCGGUUUAACAUACAACAGACUCAUUAUGGCGAUGGCAAUGUAUCACCUCUAAUCAAUUAUAUUCGAUCGUCUACUGGAGCAGAGUAUGAGUUCCUGCUACAAGAGAAGCUAUAUCAGUUGAGUAUACCUUACAAGACUGAGGACCAACUACGCAAGAUUGGUUACCCCAAGACACCUGACAUCAAGUUGGAUAUCCCCUUUGCAUACAAAGGACAUAUUGUAAAUUGGAUAGAGAGCAAGGCAUCAUUCUGUGAUGAUAAUAACUAUUGUAAAGUUAAGGAACAGAUUGUUGGAUACAAGAAUCGUUAUGGACCAGGAAUUGUUAUAUUCUGGUUUGGAUACAUUGAUGAUCUGAACAAUCUAACAAACGAUGGUAUACUCAUAUCAAACAUAUUUCCAGAUAUUGCCGACAUCGAACUUAUCUCAGACUUUAAACAACAUCUAUCAUCAACAUCAUCAACAACUCAGACAGCAACAACAACAUCAUGA